AUUGAGCAGAAAUAUGAGCUAAAGCAGUGGGGCGUACAGCUCGUCGUCAGGGGUGAACUUGCCGUCUGUGGUUGUGGAAGCUUGUGUAGCUAGUUAGCGCUCAGUGUACGAUGUCUCCUGAGUAUUUUAACGGUUUUAAGUGUUAGCCCGGUCCGUUCGGUUUUAUUUAUUUUCUCCUGCGCUCCUAUGUAAACAUGGAGCAGGCAGCCAGCGUCAACGCGGAUCCUGUUCAACGCUCUGACAGUAAUGGUUGUUGCACACAAUGGCGCAACUGGGCUGGAUUUUGGCUCCUUGGAUUGUGCAACAACUUUGCUUAUGUGGUCAUGCUGAGCGCAGCCCAUGACAUCCUCAAAAAACAAGAGUCCGGAAACACCACAGCACCUACUUCAGCCACAUCGGCUGUGGAUUUCCAAGGUGGGAACAGUAGCAACAGCAGCCGCUAUGACUGCAAUCCUGUCUCUACUGCGGCUGUGCUGUUAGCUGACAUCCUCCCAACACUCAUCAUCAAGCUGUUUGCUCCCUUUGUGAUCCACAAACUGCCUUAUGGUAUCCGAGUGUUGUUCUGCGCCAUCAUGGCAGCAGCAAGUUUCCUCCUUGUGUCAUUCUCCUCAGCUGUGUGGAUGAGCAUUCUCGGAGUGAUCUUUGCCAGUGUCAGCUCUGGACUGGGAGAACUGUCCUUCCUCUCUCUCACUGUCUUCUUCAGCAGGGACGUACUUGGAGGCUGGGGCUCAGGUACAGGCGGUGCAGGUGUUGCUGGAGCCCUCCUCUACUCGGGCCUCACCCAAAUCGGCCUGUCGCCCCAGAUUACACUUCUCAUCAUGCUGGUGGUCCCGUUUGCUAUGUUGAUCAGCUAUUUCCUGCUGCUGCUUCCUCCACCUUCAUUACCUCAGUGGAAAAGCAGGGAGCCAGAAUACGCAGCUGUGAGCUCAGAGGAGAGACGGCGGCUGGUGGAUGGAACAGAAGAAGAGGAGCAGGAGAAGUCAACCCCAGGCCAUGUUCUCAUGUUCCCCCUGAAUGUGACAGAGGACAGGACCACUGGACCUCUUACCUUCACAGAGAAACUGUGCAUCAUCAAAGGCUUGCUGAGGUUUGUGUUUCCCCUGGGCCUUGUCUACUUUGCUGAGUACUUCAUCAACCAGGGCUUAAUGGAACUUCUGUAUUUCCCCAACUUUUUCCUGUCCCAUGCAGAGCAGUAUCGCUGGUACCAGACGCUGUAUCAGGUUGGUGUGUUGGUGUCUCGAUCCUCGCUGUGCUGUGUGAAGAUCAGGAAGCUGUGGGCUCUCUCUUUGCUACAGGUGGUGAACGCAGUGCUGCUCCUGUUCGCAGUGCGUUACCAGUUCAUGCCCAGUGCCUGGCUGGUGUUUACUAUUGUCCUCUAUGAGGGUCUUCUGGGUGGAGCUGCGUAUGUCAACACCUUCUACUUCAUCAGCAAGGAGACUGAAGACAGACAGAGGGAGUUUGCCAUGGCUGCUGCCAGCGUAGGAGACAGUCUGGGCAUAGCGCUGGCUGGACUCACUGCCUUCCCCGUCCACAGAUACUUUUGUUCCCUAUGACCCAGCCCACACACUGACCGGCAGGAUGAAUAAGCAAGACGUGGGUGUGUUCCAUUUGAGGGAUUUUUUUUUUUAAAUAGAAAUGUGUUAGAGACUGACAAAAGCAGACUUUACUCCUACAUAAAAAUAUUGAUUCCACAUACUGAAUUCAAUACGGAUUCACCACCAGUGACUCAUCCAGGGCAAAGUGGACUCUCUUACUAACUUAUCCUUUUCACCAACUUCCACUGUUCACCUGCCUUUUGGGAUACACACCCCGACCAUGCUGUGAGCGACUUAACUUCCUUAACUUAAAGGUGCAAUAUGUAAUAUGUGAGAAUUUUUGCUUCAAACUCUCAAAAAAAAAAAAAAAUUAUCAACAGAGUGUGAGGAAAUAACAGAUUUGAUGCUAUGUCCAAAACAUUCUA